CUUGCCAACGCUUGCGGUGGCGUGGGAGCCUGUUGUCCCAGCAAAGGAGGUUUCAUCCAGGACACCUGCCUCAGCCUCCCUCGAUUUAGACAGGAUCAUGCAUUUCCAGACGCUCUUCCUCAUGGCAUCAACAUCAAUCAAGAAGAUAUUGAAAGAGGUAAUUAGAAGUACCUAUAGAGUUGUAAUAUCAGAAGAUCAUAGUACAACGACUAGAUACAACGAGGAUCCCUAGUACUUGAAGCCGCAGUAGGCACUCAUAUACCAUAGUUGUGCAUUAGAGUAUAGUCUUCAUACUGAUGACCCAGGAGGUACAACUUCUGUGUAAUUACAUCAGAUCCAUUUGCAAAAUAAACCCUCAAGGUGCAGCUGCUACUGCUCUUCAACGAGCUCCUCGUGGUCCUCAAAGUCAAGGCUACGAUCAGUUGGCACCCAUGGUGGAUGGUGCUCGUCAGGGGACAAAUGAAACACCACUCCAAGCAGCCUUGAGAGUGAGCCAGGUGACAUACACUAACCGAGUCAACGCAUUAUACCAAAUAUGGAGCACCUCUCCAUCCUUGAGCUGUAAAAGCUUCUUCUGGUGGUUGGCAUCCCCCGUUUUGGCCGCAGUCGGCCUGACUACCUCUGUGGCGAUACUCGCGCCCUUCUUUGUCGUCUCUACUCUUGUGAUAGAUUAUGGCUCAAUACAAUCCUUCGUUUGUAGUAUCGGCUCUUUUCCUUAGUUUCCUUCUUGGGAAUCCGAAGAGAUCAUGAACGCAAGAGAUGAAAUGUUUUCCGCUCUAAAUAGACCCCGUCUAUGGAGUCAUUGAGGGCUCGUGCAAGGGCGUAUACAACACGUGUGCGAGAGAUCAAUACAUGGAAAGGGAAUCGCAGCACGAACCCAUAGUUGACGAGGAAGCAUGGCUCCAGGUCACGAGUGGAGGUAGAGGUACUGCAAAGCUAUAAUAUAUUUCUACUAUAUUUCUUGUCUUUGUCAGCCUCGCCCUACAGCUUACUAGUGAUGAUUAAGUACGUAGUGCCAGUCCUCUAUUUUUAAUGGGCUACUGCUAUCAGGAGCGACAAGAAUCAGACUAGUGCAUACAUGACAUGAAAUUCUUUGACCGCUACAACGUCACUCAAACUCGUCAAAACAGGUUGUUCUACAAUAGCUACAAACUCAAAUCGCGGAAACUCAAAAUUCGAAUUCCCACAAAAGGUUCUUCUAGUACGCAUAGGACACAACAAGAAAGCGAGGAAGAUGUGGAGGAUUUGCGUGUCGUUGGCAAUGUAGAGAUGCUGAGAUGGAUCAAAUUCCAACGCGAGCUGCGAUGGCUUGCUCACCAUGCGGCCCCGCAGGAGAUGUGGAAACUAGAAGAGAUACCACGAUCUGGCGGAAUGCUCACUAUGAGCUCCUUAUGGCUCAAGAUUUGAUAUUGAUCCUUGUUCAUUUAAAACAACCGGUUAGUUUUUACCUCUGUCGCGUAGAUGUAUCCCUUCAAGCAAGAUAUUGCUCAGUCAUCUCAACAAAAGACGAAUCAGUGUCUCAGUUCCUCCUUGUGCGAAACCCCAUAAUUAUUUGUGUACGAGCUUUCACAGCUCGCUGUAAAGAGAAGACGCGUAGUCUUCACUAAUGACAAUAAGUGUCUCGGUUCCUCCUUGGACGAGUCCUCUGAGGCAAUUGGUCAAGUGUCUCAGUUCCAUCUUGGAAUCGGAAACACUGAGUCUAAAGGAUUAAGUAUCUCAGGUAUCGUUCUUCUUGGAAUCCCACAGAAGAUUAUUAACGCUCUCAGUUCUUUCUCCUUGGAAUCAAUCUGAGGCUGCAAGUGAGUGUCAAGGAUCGUUGAAUCAUAUUGAGCUUCUUGGCAUCAAUCUGAGGCCAUGAGUCUUCACUUGUAUAUGGUGACUAUGAGUCUUGUUCACGGUGAACUACUUCGAGGUCGAGCUCUAAUGUACAAUCCACGCAUGGGCGGUAAACAGUACGCACUUUCACCAGCGUGGCUCUUGGAGAACGGGAAUUUCGCCCCAGCAAAAACUGACCCGACCCAACAAGAUGGAGGGCAGUCGCUGAUCUUAAGGCUCAUAUUUUUACUAGUUGAUCUGAUCUUCGCAUGAUAGGUUGUAGUAAGCAUUUAAAUCAGAAGUUUCUUUCUUGGAUUCUUUCUGGGUAGAAUGUAGUUAUGGCGAACCUUGUUAGGUAAUGGAAAAUGAAAUAUUGCGAGGUCUAAUUCUCGGUAGAUUCGCUAGUGCAUUUCAAGCUGCGAUGGCAGGUGCUGAUGCUUCCUCCGCUGCGCAGCAAAGGCCUUCAGGUGCUCGCGCUGACCUCCAAGCGCAACUAAGAGAUGAACAAGCGACGCAAAAUUUUUACCGCCCUGAGAUUUUUCUGAAAUCAGUCUAUCCAUCCAGUGCUGCAGGUGGGUAUGGUCGCGGCAGCCCUGGUGGCUCGAUUUUUUCCAUGCCACGAAUGAAGCUCUUGCACGAAGCCGGCAAUAGCAAAACAGAAGGGCCCUGGAUGACCCGGCUGACAGAUCUCCGAUUCAAGCGCAUCGAACGACUGAAUGAUGCUGCACUGUGUUAUGGGCAUGACGGUUUUGAAUGUUUGUCAACAAUUAAUUUGUUGUGCUAGUUUAUCAAACUAAUAGUCACCAUGGUAUUUAAUUCAUUGUGUUUGCGAGUAAGUGUGAAUAUUUUCAAGUGCUGACUACAGGUUGGACUGCAAGUUCAAAAGCUGACCAAGGGAAAGUUUUUAAGACUUCAAUUUAUUGGCUAAGUAACGACUUGUUCAUGUUAAAUGAUGUAAGCACUAAUUUCUGGAGAGGGCCAAAAAAAAAGCAGAGGAAGCCGAGUAUGUAAAAGCAAGGGGACCCGACGGACAACAACCCAUAACCGCCGAAAAAAGGAAGGAGAUUUUAAGAAGGAGGUCUCAGCGCAUGGCAUUACCAUUGUAUUCCGCACUUAAACUUCCUUAGCAAAUGUUUCUCAUAGAAAGAAUUUUGUGAGGAUUGGAUAAAUAAAAGGAUUCUUAUAAAAUAUUUAUAUAUGUUCCAGGGCUCAGGGCGGGGAGGCCCCCCCCCCCGAUUUAACUUUUUGAAGGGGGGGGGGCUCCCCGCCCCGGCCCCUCUUUUCGAGGGGCUGCCGGGCGGGAAGGCCUCAAAGCGCCCACUUCUGACCCCUUCCCGCUUCUUGCGUGUACCCUACAGACCUGGCAAAGGUGGCAGAGGCUGGGCCCUCUUGUCGUGUUGCGCCUCCCUGGUACAUAUAUAACAUUUAAGAAGUAGAAUGCAAGUCAAUGUCGGAGGUGGAGCCAACUUCUAAAAAUCGAGCGAAGUCUGGAGUUGCUGUCUCCUGACGCAUUUCUGGCCUUCGAGAACGAACGGCUGGGACAAGACAGAUUAAAGGUGGCCAGUCUAGGUGAAGCUGUGGUGAAAAAUCAAAAGUGGCGAGUAACAAAACAGGCCGUUGCAACAUACGAAGAGCUGCUCCUCUUAUGAAUGAAACUUAUUUUUGAGUGUAUCUAUGAAUUCUCACUAUGUUCCUCCGUCACAUCACUUUUUGAUGUACCGAAAGAAACAAAGUCUACAUCUACAGGCCAGGCAUAGUACGCGUACUACCAGUGAAUCAAUCCAGCAGCCUUUUGCUACUCUCCCCCGUGCGUACACAAGCAAAGUACAAGAAACUACGACUCUUAAUCUAGCACACUACACUACAACACCAUACUGGGUACGCUACACUCCACUCCAAGGGUAGGCUACACUACACUACACUGGUACGCUACACUCCACUCCACUCCACUCGACUCCAAGGCUACGCUACACUAUUCCUUUCUCUAAUGUGUGGCGUCAUCCGCUUUGGUGCUGCAGAUCCGUCAAAAUUGAAGUACUCCCGGAAUCAUCGACGCUUUGCAUAUUUGGUUGCUACCGUAAAUGUUGGUGGCCCGAAUCAGAACGCUGGGACUCAAGCACUACGAAACGAAGUCCAGUACUGAUAAGGAGUUUCUAAUAUUAAAGCUUAACUGCUAACAAAGCCACCCUACGUACACCCGUUCUUCACAGAACUGGGUUCAUAUCAUCAUUUAGCUGCUUUCUGAUAUUGCAACACAGUUCCUAGACUAGAUGAUAAGCUUUUACUUUCUAAGAUAUACUAGUAGGACGUUCUAUCUGAUGUGUCUGUUCAUCUAUGCCUACAUCUUCAAUCAUAAUUACUGUCGUGUAGAUCUGCCAUACAUCUUUUGAUUUCCAACAACAGGUUUUGGGACAUGAAGACAGGGGAGUGGGAGGCUAACAAGGAAUAUUUGAGUACUGCCUUACCACUCUACGAUUUACCGAGACCCGAAGCUGCCAUGGCUGUCCUGAAUACCUACCUGCAUGAGAGCAACAAGUACCUGGUGAAGGAUGCGACUUUGCAGUGGAUGGUGCGUGAAAGACAUUAUCAUUAUGAAGAUCACAGAGACAGAUGCUUGUGCUGAUCUAUCAAGCAGUAUCUAGUAUAAUUAUGAUCACAAAGACAGAUGCUUGUGCUGAUCUAUCAAGCAGUAUCUGUACUGAUAUAAUACAACAGAAGAUUUUAUUACGUGGUCCAGCGCGAACAGUCCUCUGAUCUGUUAAAAAAUCGUGAUUCUAUAGGGCAAGAACUACGCCAUUUUUUGCAGCACUUUGUUGUAAGUAAAAAUUUCACCACCACGCGCACGCACAACUGCAUUCUAGACCUACUAGCGCAUGGGCCGCAAAAUCUUCUCCUAGUAUUGUCUGCUUCUAAAUAACCGGUCAAUUUUUCCCUCAAGAAAAAAAUAACCAGUUAAUUUUUCCCUCAUAAAUAUCCUAGGUUUAUCCUACCAAGCAACCUAUUGCGCUCCUCUAAAAACAAGAAGAUGAAGUUGCCGUAGCUCUGCAACGCCGUGAGAGAUUGACCAAUGUGGUAACGAAUCGUCUGGAAGCCAUUCAAGCUCCUUUUCUUAAGGCUGGAAGUUUCCAAGAGGUAAUCGUAUUUCUUCCACUAGUUAUUAAUCUUUACAUGUACAAGCAGGGGUUAGUUGUAGUCUACUAUCUAACUUGUAUUCUACCUCUAAUUUUGUCUACUGGGUGAUGACCGCUUAUGACGCAAUCAAGAUGGGACUUUCAACGCCAGUGGUUCAGCAGUUUCUCGGCCAACCCGAAAAGGAAUUCGAAAGAAUGGAGCAGAAGAUUGGCGCAAGCCUGGAAGAAUUGUUGAAACAUCGAAAAUGGCUCUGUCCGUUGUCGCUGUCGAUCAUCAGAGAGCCAGUCGUACUGGACGAUGACUGGGAUUUCUUUGUUUACGACAUUUGAUUUUGUAAUUCACCUCUGUGAGAUAGAUCAGAAGUAGAUGUAGAAAGUCUUGAUCAUGUACAAUAAUGUAUAAGUGAUUUACAUUUAGUGCCUCCACCAACUAUUUGUUCGUGUCCUACUUUUAUUUUCUUUCACAUCAUUCGUAUUAUGCUUGUGUACUUCUCUCAGCAACAACAAUAACUCAUCUAAUUUUUUGGAAGGCAAAGCAAGACGAUGGCCACACGGGCUGGUGAAAAUGCGUACAGUGCUGCGGCUACAGGGUUCGCCUUCUUGACCUCUGGCACGACAGAGGACGUUGCGGCUGUUGUCAAGCGUCGCCAACGACGUGCUCAGGAAAGAAAAGCCGAUAAGAAAAAGGAAAGCGAGGAAGAAGACGAAGAGUUAUGUGAGGAAGAAUAUCUACAAUAAGAUAGUGGUUACUCAUCUCUACUUUCUUACUUUAAGGAAGUUCUUUUUAUUACUUUAAGGAAGGUGGCAUUUACUUUAAGAAGAUGCUUCCUUAUUUUGUAGUGCUUUUAUUCUGACCUUUUAAGAAGUAGAUAUAGCGAGUUUUGGUCUUCGGUAACCAAGAUACAUCACACGCUAGGUAAUUGUUACCUUUCAACAGCAACAUCGCUAAAUUUUGGAGAUUCCGAGGAUGAAGCAGCCGCAUCUUCCGGACAAGAGUUGCAGGACGUCCCCUGGGAAGAGCAAAAGAAGUGGCAAGCGCAUCUUCCCAAAGCAUUGCCCAACUUCUUGAGGGACGAGAGUGGCAAAUUCCACAAACCAUUCAUCCCUCAUCGCGUUGUUUUUGAGAAAGACUACCUUGAAUUAAGGCGCUUGAUCAUACCAUUCAUGGAGUCCAUUCUUGAUUUCCAACAGUCAUUUUACUUCUCCUCUGUUUAUUUCACCGUCUACUAAAUCUACUGGGGAUUCUCGUUCUGAAGAACAACCUGCUAAUUAGUAAAUUCUUCUAUACCCCGCGAAUGGGUACACUACUCCUACGACUACUACUACUACUAGGGAAGAAGUGAAACAUUUUGCACUCAGCAUCUAAUCGAAAGUUUUCUGAGUCGCGGCAGCACGCAGCAUCCCGUGUUUGUCCGGUCAAGACUGAAGAGCCGCAAUUACAAGCCCUACGACGAACUCCGUGAGGAGAUCCACCAAGUCGUUGCCAUGCUCAAAGAUGCGAACUCGGAAGAUGACAUUAUGAAACUCACGUCGUUGAUGGGAUGACGAACUGUGUAUCAUUUCAGGUUUUUGUGAACUUCAUCCACAAUGAACUCUGGUUGGAUAUGGAUAGUCAGAGUGUGAUGUGAAAGGAAGUCAACAAGUCGGUUUAGAAGUGAAGUCUGGCAUUAAUAGUUCCGUCGACAGUUUCGGAAUACUGAUCUGGGCAUCACGCCAUACCAAGUUCAGUUGCUUCUUCUAUUUUUAGCAGCGAGAACUAAACACGCCUUGAGUUUCACUAAUGAGAACGAACCCAUAUUUUUCUACUUCUAAGAAUGAAAAAAGGAUUUUCGACGAUCUGACAAAGAAAGCGGCGAAGAAGGGCACUACGGAAGGCGCGGAUGCUCAUGACAAUGCUAUUGCUGCUCAACAGCGUGCCCUCCAGUCAAAAGCAAGGUCAAGCAGCGCAGGAGCGCAAAAUACAGAGGAGCAGAUCCUACAGAAAAGGAAGCAGCGGCAUGAGUUUCUAGCUGCCAUGGUUGUAGCUUUGGGCGAAAUCGCUUGGGCUCCGUGGAAACCGUCUGACAAGGAGGCGAAGCGCGUUCAAAUGAUUGAAAGCCUUCGAGAACAGGAUGGCGGUGCUGGAUCCACUGUAGAUCCUAACAGGAGUCCGCAAACCCCAGCAUCACCACCGGGGCAAAUGAUCAUGAUGGGAGCUAUCCCUUCAACCUCUUGUUAAGAGCCAGUCCAUAGAUAAGUAACCAUAAUUCAAUCGAUAAAUGCUUGAAAGGUGUUGCUAUUGGCUCCCCUUGAAAAAUACUUCCAAGUCCAACAAGUAUACUGUGCCUGUAUGCGAAAGAUGAACUGCAAGCGUGUGCUUAUUGGAGAUAGUGGACUAGGAAAAAGCUGUCCCCUACUGUACCUGAAAGAUGAACUAUUACUAUCCGCCUGCGGAAGAACUGCACUACCACUACUAGAGCUGUCCUGUUGCUUCUAAUCUUUCGCUGGUGACGCCAUGGUGCCUGUACCUUCGAGCCCGUUGAUGGGCAAGACUUCUUCUUUGGUGAGCGCCAAGCCAUCCACCAAAUUCAUGGUCCAGUCACUGCCAGACCCCCUACAGGAACACCAACAUGAACGAGGAUUCGAGUCUGCGUUGAUUAUGAAUGGAUACUUAAGUACUGGUGUGCUGGGCCUUUGGCCGAAGACUUUGAAAUUGGAAAAAAAUAUGCUGCUGUGUAAGAAAGUAGCGCCACUAGACAACUCCUCCAUCUUUGGAAGCCCUCAGAGAUCUUCGCAGUCUAAUAACUGUGCCGACAAGGUUGCUGCGGUGGAUAUGACCUCUGCGAACAAGCUGUCCAGCAUCGCUUGGGCUCAUGGUGGGGAGUCCUGUGCAGCCUGGUGUGCCGAGAAUAUUAAGGCUUCUUGAUGCAGUCCUAAUCUGAAGAUCCUUCUUGAGAGUUGUACAUGAAGAUCCUAGGUGGUGGAGAGACGCUUGUCAAGGGGAGAAAGGACCCAGGAUGACCUUCAGGAUGGACUAGGGUGAGCUCUAAGAGUACUUGUCUACUAUGCUCCACGCCGAAUGACGGACAUGCUCAGGACUACAAUGCAGCAAGGACCAUUUUUGAUUAAGGCUCUCGCAGACUUGUAACUAAAGUAUCAAUUUGAGCUCUGUAAGUGCAUCCUUGUAGAGUAUUCCAUACCUUCAAUGUGAUUUGUGUACUACUACGGCUCUUAGAUGAUCAAGUUGAAUCAUGACAGGAAUACACACACACGACGACAAAGAUGCACAUGCAGGAGCGAAAAAAUAUGUAUAUGAAAGGUCGUACCACAAAUAUCAAAUGUCGUAUCUCCGCAGCUCCUCUAAUUUAGAAACGACUAUGCAGCUCGCUAUCCCGAAAAACAGGGUGUUGGACCGUCGCCUUUAGAAUUUCUGAGUGCCCUCCCUUGGCAGCCAACUUUGAAAAAGGUCCAGGAGCGCUGGUGGGAGGCCUCUAGCACAGCACGUAUGGACGCCCAAAGAUGGUUUCUACACGUCAUGAGGGACGUCCAAAAAGCUUUGCAGAAUAGUGGCAAUGCAGCUUUAUGGUUCUUGGCUCUUGAAAAUUUUUACCUAUCAAUCUAUCUCUCGUUUCAGCAUCUUUUGGAAGAUGCCGUAGCUUCCACCCUAGCUUCCAGUUCUCAGUUCUCAGCAUCUUUGCGAUAUACCUUUUGUUUCUCCAUGUGAAGUCCACGGGGCAUGAUAAAGGCACUUACCAAGGUGAGGGGAUCUAGAAGAUGAGUUAGAAGCUGCAUACUCUAAAAUUGGCGCAAGAUCAGGUGAAGGAUAUCCUGAAGGAAUUCAAUCAAAUGCCUGGCAAUUUCUACGGGAACGAAUUUGCCAACGAAUGGGUGACGCCAAGGAGCAGUACUAAAUUUAGUAGUACUUCUAAAACAUCGUACCUCCUUCGCUCACUAUCCAUUAGAUUCAAUGCUGACCAUGGGGUAAGUUAGAAGUUUGACACUAAUAAUCAGCUGCUCCUCGUCAACAUUUAAUAGUACAACCUUCAUUGAAGAUUGUACAAUUGGUUCAUCUCUCUCUACAACUACUAGGACCUGUCCAUCAUGAUGAUGACUGCGGCUGGUGCUGCGACUGCACGGGACAGGAGUGCGUCAAAAACUGUUUUUGCUUUAAGGCUUCCCCUAAUGAUCUCCUAUUUUGAGAGAAGUCAUUCUAGGAGAGAGGCUUUUCAAGGGGAAAAGACACCCUUGAGGAUGCACCGAAAACGUAAAAUAAGCGAGUAACAAAUACAAUAACCGAGUAUCUGUGAAGUUUAAGGUAUCUUCUAGGCUACUCGGUUAUUUCAGUUUUGAAUGGAAAACUUGAUUGAGCUCUAAUCGCUGUUGCGGUGGCUGUUGCUUGUACCAAAAUUGCUGUGACCGAUCUGCUUACGAUGCCCGAACCAUAGGUCCUCUCUGUUGCGGUAACAGCGUCAACCCGGACUCUUGCGGGAUGGCAGUACCACUCGCCGCCUGCUGCGGGAUGGAAGCGUGUUGCUGCCCUGCUCCCGAAAAGACGGAGAGCACUGCUUCUGCACAGCCUACGAGUGUCCCUCACGUUAAGGCUCAAUGCGAUUCAUUUCUACGCGUCAUUUUUCCUUAUAUUCCUGUCUUAGGAUUUUUGGGAGAAAUGCAGGAGGCAAGAAGUGACUUGUUUUGAGCUCUAAUCAUGAGUACAACGCUGGAAUCGAUUGUCUCCAUAGCUGUGGCUGUUAUUCUCUCGGCAAGAGUCCCACCUUGAUUCUCUGGCUUCUGGAGUCUGCAGUAGAUGCGGCACAAGCGAUGCCUCCGGAGAAAGAUCUAGAUCGACUCAGUGGGGAUCCGGAUCUCGCAGCCCGUUUUGUGCGCGAAUUGACCGAGGCACAAAAAAAGCGACGCGUAGAACAAGCGAACAAAGAUCAACAAGUUUCAAGCGAACGAAGCAAAGUUUUGGGCGCAAUGUUUGUUAAGGCUCAAUCUUCAUACGAUGAAUCUUAAUAGCGACAUAAGAUCAAUCUUCAUACUUAUAUAAAACCAAUCAUCGUCAUAAUGACAUUGUUCACUGAGGGUUGCAAAGUAACUGACAUCUUCGAAAAGGAGACAGACCCCGUGAGAGGACCACCGGGGAAAACAAGGGGAAACAAACCGGGAGGGGAAAACAGGGGGAAUCAUGGGGCUUUUUACUUUCAGCGGUUAUACGAUUACUGGAGUAAUCUCUGUCCUCCUUACACAUGAGUACUUUCACAAUCUUCAGUGACCAAUGACUUCCGUCCUUUAAGUUUGGGGAGCGCAAUCGCUAUUCCGGAGUCGCGCGCGGAGGUUGCUGCAGUGGAGAGAUAGACGACAGUGCUGAGGUUGAUCUCAAGGUACAGUCUGUUAAGGCGGUCUUCUUGCUUCACAGUUGUAAUUGAUCUCAAAGUACAGCCUGUUAGGGCGGUCUUCCUGCUUCACAGUUGUAAUUGAUCUCAAAGUACAGUCUCUUAAGGCGGUCUUCAAGCAAAAGACUUCUCUCAUCUUUGCAAUCUCACUAUUUAUAUUUCUCGAUAUGCUAAGGUCUACAUGCUUACAUAGUUGUAGUAAGUUAAUCACAACUUGAGUAGAAGGUGAAGCUACUCUCUUAGUUGCUGAAAGGCCUCACAAUACAAAGUAUUAGAUCUACUGUGAACAAGCAGCUUCAGAGUUGUAUAAAGAUAUCUAUGAGGGACUAGAUGCACACUAUAAGAAUAGACUCUCCUGAGCAGGAUCUGAAAAAAUCAUGGAUUUGGAUAGUAACUAGAAUGAAUGUAGUGAUGUGGAAUGUGAUUGAUGAUAUUAUUGUUCAUCUAAGUCCGCAGUUGAAGCAGCGCCGCUCUCUGAAUGGUCCGCUCUAGGAGCAAAGAACAUUGACAACAUCCACACUGAAGAGUGCGCAAGUUGCGGCAGUUGUAUCAAACGCAGUGUUAUGGCCUGUCAGCUUUUAAUAUCCAUGUGUGUCCAUCUUGCUCUUCUUUUUAGAAGGUACAAAAAGGCUGAACGACCUCAAAACUACUUGACCACGUAGUAUCCGAGGCAACACGACAUGACAUGACACGACAUGACAUGACACGACAUGACAUGACAUGACAUGACACGACAUGACAUGACACGACAUGACAUGACAUGACAUGACAUGACAUGACACGACAUGACAUGACAUGACACGACACGACAUGACAUGACACGACAUGACAUGACAGCAUCUUUUUCGGGCGGUCGUAUCCGUCAACAUUUAGUGUCCAUCUUUCUCAGCAUCUUUGGAUUCAGGCGCACUCUAACAGUGGUGGACAAGCAUGUCGCUGUUGCGGAGUCUGGUGUGCUCUUGGCGCAUGCGGCAAGCUGAGCGAGGGUUGCGAGCAGCUUGUAGUUUUGCCUUGUUGCGAAUGUAGUUAAGGCUGUUGUAGCUAAAUGUUAUCCUUCCUUGCCUGCGUCCUUGAGCAUCGCAAGGGAGGGAAGUUCUAACGUAGUGGUGUCUGCUGGAGUUAUAUGGUAGUGGUGUCUUCUGGAGACACCUAUAGAGUCCAUAUUUCGCCAUCCCAGGGAAGGGGGUGCCGCUUAGCGGGUCCACUGCAAAACCAUCGCAAGGGAAUGCUCCCUCAUACUUUUUAAGGAUGCACUUGAAAGGUGAACUCCGGACAGUUCUAACGUAGUGGUGUCUGCUGGAGUCGUAUGCCCACGUGCGGAAGUGGCUUCUUCGCUGCCCCGAGUGUUAAGGCUGUUGAUGGAGUAGUUAUCAUAAUUGUUGAACAGUGCUGUCAGUGAGAAGUGUUGUAAGUACUAGGAUUCAUUCAUUCUUGCAUCGAUGAGAUCGAUGCAGGUAUAUAAUGUACUACUUGUACAUCAUGCGCUAGUACUCUAAUCCAAGGAGAGGCUUUGUGCGCGCUGGAUCUUUGGGGCUCGAAAAUUUGGGAGAUAUGUGUUGCAGUGACGUUCCGAGCAGCUGCUGCAACUUCGCUUCUUAUGCUUGUUGCACUUGUUGUGCUGGAGUCAACUACGGAAUACGAAGCGCAAGCAGUCGUGUGCAGCACCAAGGAUGGCCCUUUUUCACGUCAAAUUAUGGUCACAGCGUUUUUAUAUUGAUCUUUCUCAGGAGGACCCCGUCGGUAACCUUUUGCUCCCAUACAAGGGUAAGCAAGGGUAAUAGAGGCACGAUGCCUGCUGAGAUACCGAGGGGAUCGAGAAGAAUCAACGCGCACGCUAAUGAAGUAUGGAGAAAUGUCUCGUGAGCACACAAACAACCUGUAAGGGAGCCACUUGUGGAGGCGACACAGCCGACAUGGGCCUGGCGAUAACCACCGGGGAGACUAGUUGUUGUGGCUGUUGCGGUUGUUACCCGCUAGAGCCUGAGGAAGUACCCGGAUGGUGCUGCAACGCGGGAAGCCUUUGUGGCGCGAAACACUGUAACUGUUAAGGCAAAAGAGAAACUCAUGAUCGUGAUAAUUGUGAUUCAUCCCUUGUUCACAGAAAAUAUUAUGAGUCUGAGAAAAUCAUUUAGGCGGGGAGGCAGUAGCAGAUAUUCCAUCAUUGAGCAAGCAUCUUCUAAACCUUGGACGGCAAUGCUGACCGCAACAGGGAGGAAAGGCACGCGAGAUCUGCACGAACCACUUCUCCAGGAGCAAUGAGCAAUGGCCCUCGUCCUUUGAUGAUGAACCAGCAGAGUGGUGGCCCCGUCUAUAGCCCGAUACCAAGCACUCCCAAUCAGAUGACAAUGGACGGACGCCCUACUGCCGCUCAUGGUAAUGGUGAUGUGCCUCUAAAUCGGGAGAAUGAGGAUCCAUUGUUAUGUCAAUCAGCCUUUAUAAUUCGUUCCUCGCAACCUGAGAUGACAUGACAUCAUACUCAUCUAGAUCUACUCUGUCUUCGGUUGUAAUCAUGUCCUUUAUCAGAAGAUAAGUAACAACCGUCCAUAUUAGAUUUAGACUAGUCCUAGUCUAACAAUUUUUUGGAAGAGUUCACCAACCGGAAUAAAGGUAAUGACCUACUUAUCGAAAUGAGAUGAACCACGACAGAAGUCAACUCAUCCUCAUGAAUUCUACUCCUAGGACAUCAAACACUCUUUCACAGACUCAUCUUCACAGACUCUUUCAUGAAUUCGACACUGUCACGGACUCUUCUCUAAUAUUUGGAAUAGCAGAAGCCGGUUGUUGUAUGAAUAUGAUGCUAGGAUGCGGAAAAAAGACCUGUCCUGGUGGCAUUAUCGGCUCUUUAUGGAUGAUGUUUUUUCCGUCCUCGCGACCAUCUUCUAGGGGGCUGCCCCUUUUUCCCUUGGAACUGUAUACUUAGACUAAAAAUGCUGAGGGGCCAGGGCCUCGAGUCGAUGGUCUGCCUAGAUGGAAAAAAAAAACAUCCAUACUCUUGUUUGGCGCCUCCCAUGUAUUUAGCCGGUGGCGCAGUGGCUGACGUCGCCAUGACACUCACGGGCGCAGCAAACUUUGGCGUAGUUGAUAUACUUGGUGCUAAUAUUCUGUGGCGGUUCUUGCGCGUGGUGCAUGGUGUACUAAUGUUAAGGCUUGUUCAGAUGUGGAAAUAUUAAGAUCAUCGAUCUACAACGAGAUUCUAGCUCUACUCUCACUCUAAACAUUUUGGAAUCCUCCCUCUUUCCCAGGGAAGAACAUCUUGAUCUUUGUUCUCCCGUUAUUUCUCAUCACUGGAAAACUACGAACUACACCAAGAACAAAGACCACCUUCAACAUGAUGCAUUUAUUGUACUAGGGCAGCAAUAGAGAUAGACCCUGUCAGCAGUCUUCUUUACAGUUCCAUUCUAAAUUUACACUCUGAAGAGUCCUAGGUAUACCUCAUCAUUAUAUAUUGUACUAGAAUGACGCACCUUCUAGUAGAAUCUAUCCACCUGUUUCAUCUUUCUCUUCAUUGGUGCUUCUUCUAACACUGUCCGGUGGUCGUACCCUCCACGCGCUGCUCCUCGGCGCUCGCGGGCUUGUCCGUCUCGUUUACAUGGUUGUACGCAGCAUUAUUCUCGUCUUUGCUCUGGCCGCGAGAGGAUUUGUGGACUGGGUUAUUUUUUAUGAUGCCACUCUCACUCAUUGAAAAGUUCUACGGACUACCUUACGGGAACAGUGUCGUUCCCAUGUAAGAAGGCAGGCUAUAACUUUUGUGCAAUAUAAUUGUCUCUUAGGUGGUCUUGUAGGAUGAACUGCGACUGGGACACACACAUGACAUAAGUAGGCAAAGUGGGAGCGACAUCUUUCUCACGUUUAUCGACACUUUUCUCAAUGGGUAGUUGUGGAAGGAUUCAUACUUGGCCCAUCGUGCAAUUUGUGGCUGGUGGACUUGCAUUAUUGAACGAGCACUGUGCGACUCCACUAGCCAACGAGAUAGGUGAACGUUGUAAUCAAUGCAGCACUGCAUUGGGCGGCUGUUGCAGUAGUUGCGCCACUUAAGGCUAGUUUUUCACUAAUAUCCAAUGUCGUGGACUAAUGUCGUGCUAAGUUGUACAGUGCCCUCUGAUUUAGAGAGGAAACCAGAGGAGCGCAAAAUGGCAACUCACUGAACCACCGAUAGUACUAGUGAAAAACUAGCGCUAAGCCAGGGGAUGUAGUAGAAGCUGUAGUGAGGGAUGUGGAAUGCUUGGCAGCGCCGCGAGCAGUUGCGCAGGCGGAGUAGGUAGAUGCUGCAGCCCGGUCUGUCAAGGAUUGCGUUCGGCUUUUGGGGCUAUCGGCGGGCUCGUAAGAUCGUUUUUCUCCGGUCUUCAGCCCUGCGUUCGCAGCAUCCAAGAAGGAGCGUCAGGCUGUCUUCACUGUGCUAAGACGCACAGAAGAGUCACCAUGGGCCUCUUUUGGGGUGCUGUGGUCACCGGUGGCGGGGCGGGCGCAUAUCACUUCUUCGGAUCCUCGUCUUCCGGAAACGCAACACACGCACAACAAGGGCAUCAUCAAAUUGAAGAUUCCACUCAUAUUGGAACUGCGUAUGCACUUGGCGAGCAGAAUUCUUUGCGAGGUGCCACUAGUACAACCACGUCUUCCCUACUAUUAAGGCUACCUCCUCUGCUGAAGCAUCCUUAACCCCAUCCUUGGCUCUUUUUCUACUUGAAAAAUACGCCAAGGAUGCUCCCAAGGAUGGCAUCAAUGCGGUAGCUCUAAUAUAAAGCUCUUUUAGUGCUGCUGUACCACUUCCACCGAGUCCAGCGUCUCUUGGUGCUACAUCACCUUCUAUGCCUCCAGCAAUGGCAGCAACUCGUCGACUGGAUGAAGUAGCUGCAAUGGAGCAGACUCCCACUGCAACUUACUCGUCUUUUCCGGAAUACCUUGAGCAGCAACAACAAGAACGUCAAGCAGAGCAAGACCAAGGUCAGUAUCAAGAAGAACAAGAGCAAAAAGCAAAGCAUAAGGCUAAGCCGCAGCAGGAGAAAAUGAAGAGCACGAAGAAAACAUGGAUAACCCCGAAGGAAGCUGCGGAGGCAACGAAAAAAUUGGACGAUGCCUACGCAAAAGUCAAAGGGAAAACUUAUGACCUACUUCGAAUUCUUUUUUGUUGGUGUUGUAUUGUUGUUCUUAUGAUGUUAUUGUUUGUUAUGAACGCACACGAUGAAGAGGACCUCCACGACCCUUGCUCUCCUUCUCUCCCACCUUUCUCUCUGGCUUCUUGUCUUCGAAGAGUAGGGGCAGUUUUGGUUUUGAUUUGUCCUUCUCUCUCCUUUGAUUAGUACGUUACUGUAUGCUCAUCGGGUUAUCCCUUUGGGUCUGGUCUCAAAGCUGAUUUGGCAGGUCAGAUUGGAGACAUAUGACAUGACAUGUUUUUCUCUUCACUACCAUCCCUUUCUUGCCUUCUCGUUCUCUCAUCCAUCCCUUUUUUUCCCAUGUCUAAGCUCCGAUCAUUGCUUUCGAAGCGGAAAUCGCGCAAAUGGGUGGGUUGGACAAGGCUCUGGCCACAUUUGAAGACGUGUACAACAUGGCGCAGGACCCAGGACCAUUGAAAGACCACUCAAAGAAGAUGAACCAAUUAAGGCUCAAAAUGCUUCAUUUUCCUUCGAGGGGCAUUUUUCUACUUAUGUGUCCUUCUUAAAUGAAUUCUUGAGAUGAAAUUAUGAGCUAAAGAAACGAAAUGUUUUCAGCUCUAAACGAAGGUCAAGACAAAGACCCAGAACUAGAGCGCUACGUAGAAGCAGGACUCAAGCUGGAAGAAGGUCUUCGACGUCGUUUUUUGGGAGACAAAGAUUUAUGAAAAUGACACCUAGACGUUUCCCCCUUUUCCCUUAACUGAUGCUGUAAUUACCCCGCGAAUGGGUAAACUACUACUACUCUGCUUAGGUCUUAUGCGCCCCCAGUAUGUAAUUUGGAUGACAGUAGUUUAACGGGUUGAUUAAUCGUUUGAAAGGGCGGUGGCAUAUAGUCCUAACGCAAAAAAAAAAUAACUUAGGAGGUGGUUCUGUUAAACCGCGACAGGGACACAUACAUGACAUCUUCUUCAUCAGUUUCACUUUGUGAAUUACCACUCGUCACUAAAUCAUCCGUGGUUUCCGAAAUAAGGAGACGCCUAACAUUUGCAUUUCUGACUUUCUGUAUAAAUGAAAUAUACAUAAAGUCCCUUAGUAAAUAGACCCAUGAAAAUCUUCUAAGAAAUCUUGCAGCUGAGGGCGCUUUCAGCAGUCUCUUCGGAAGCUCAUCUGGUAGCAGGCCUUCAUCUACUAGGAAUAACGGCCCCGAAGCCCUCUCGCGCGCUAUUUACAAGGUGCACAAAAAGAUGAUCGAUUACAGCGCAACACAUGGGCCCGAUGACGACGUCCAGGAUUACAUGCAGCCAGCGGAUCAGGAGAUGAUGUCUAUGGACGUCGAGAAGGACAACGACGAUGAGAAGUCAUGGUCAUCAAUCGCAGAGGACGUGGCGUCCGCUUCCACUAGCGCCAAGAACUUUGGAGGAGGCCUUUUGAAACGUCCAAAAAAGGACUAA